AGGCUGGCAGUCUGCGGCGCCCCCCCCCCCGACCAUCCCUUGGACACUUGACUCAACCUUGCAUGCGAGUGUGUAGAGAGUGUGUAGGUAGGUGGGUGGGAGGGCGAGUCCCCCACCCCCGCCCCUAAAACUUCCAUAGCAAAUAGCAAACAUCCAGCCAGAUUCAAAUCGCGCAGCCCCUCCCGGUGGGCAGCGCACUAUGCGGCUCCAGUGGGCGUCCCUGCUGCUGCUGCUGUGCGCGUCCUGCCUGUCCCUGGCCGCUGACAGCCUCACCACCGCACCUGCCCAGGAUAAAACAGGGCAGCUUCGAGCUGCUGCAGCGGCUGCCCAGCCCGGCCAGCGGCAGGGGGAGGAGACGCAGGAGCUGAACCAUCCGAAUCUCCUGGCCAGGCAGCGCAGGAGCAGCGGGCUGGUGCAGAAUGUAGACCAGCUCUACUCUGGCGGUGGCAAGGUGGGCUACCUUGUCUACGCGGGCAGCAGGAGGUUCCUGCUGGAUUUGGAGAGGGAUGACUCAGUGGGCACCGCUGGUGGCAUCCUUACUGCAGGAGGCGGGCUAAGUGCACCAUCUAGCCACCGGGGUCACUGCUUCUACCGGGGCACCGUGGAUGGUAGCCCAAGAUCUCUAGCUGUCUUUGACCUCUGCGGGGGUCUCGAUGGCUUCUUCGCUGUCAAGCAUGCGCGCUACACUCUGAAGCCGCUCCUGCGUGGGUCCUGGGCAGAGGCCGAGACUGGGCGAGUGUACGGGGAUGGAUCUUCGCGCGUCCUGCACAUCUAUACCCGUGAGGGCUUCAGCUUCGAAGCCCUGCCGCCACGCGCCAGCUGUGAGACUCCCGCGUCCCCGCCUAGGCCUCAAGAGCGCCCCUCCGUGCACAGUAGUUCCAGGCGACACGCAGCUCUGGCCCCGCAGCUCCUGGACCAGUCAGCCUUCUCACCAGCUGGGAACCCAGGACCUCAGACUUGGUGGAGACGGAGGCGCCGUUCCAUCUCUAGGGCCCGCCAGGUGGAGCUCCUUUUGGUGGCUGACUCCUCCAUGGCGAGGAUGUAUGGCCAGGGCUUGCAACAUUACCUUCUGACCCUAGCCUCCAUCGCCAAUCGGCUGUACAGUCAUGCCAGCAUUGAGAACCACAUCCGUCUGGCCGUGGUGAAGGUAGUAGUUCUGGCCGACAAGGACAAGAGUCUGGAGGUGAGCAAGAAUGCCGCCACGACACUCAAGAACUUUUGCAAGUGGCAGCACCAACAUAACCAGCUGGGCGAUGAUCAUGAGGAGCACUACGAUGCAGCCAUCCUGUUCACCCGAGAGGAUUUAUGUGGGCAUCAUUCAUGUGACACCCUGGGAAUGGCAGACGUUGGGACCAUAUGUUCCCCGGAGCGCAGCUGUGCUGUGAUUGAAGAUGAUGGCCUCCAUGCGGCCUUCACUGUGGCUCACGAAAUUGGACAUCUACUUGGCCUCUCUCAUGACGAUUCCAAAUUCUGUGAAGAAAACUUUGGUUCCACGGAGGACAAGCGUUUAAUGUCUUCAAUUCUCACCAGCAUUGAUGCAUCCAAGCCAUGGUCCAAAUGUACUUCAGCUACCAUCACAGAAUUCCUGGAUGAUGGUCACGGUAACUGCUUGCUAGACCAACCACGGAAGCAGAUUCUGGGUCCUGAGGAACUCCCGGGACAGACCUACGAUGCCACCCAGCAGUGCAACUUGACAUUUGGGCCCGAAUACUCUGUCUGCCCCGGCAUGGAUGUCUGUGCCCGGCUGUGGUGUGCCGUAGUGCGUCAAGGCCAAAUGGUGUGUCUGACCAAGAAACUGCCUGCCGUGGAGGGGACGCCCUGUGGGAAGGGCAGAAUCUGCCUGCAGGGCAAAUGUGUGGACAAAACUAAGAAAAAAUAUUACUCAACAUCAAGCCAUGGAAACUGGGGAUCCUGGGGCCCCUGGGGCCAGUGUUCUCGCUCAUGUGGGGGAGGAGUACAGUUCGCCUACCGCCAUUGCAAUAACCCUGCACCUCGAAACAGCGGCCGCUAUUGCACAGGAAAGAGGGCCAUAUACCGCUCCUGCAGUGUCACGCCCUGUCCACCUAAUGGUAAAUCUUUUCGUCAUGAACAGUGUGAGGCCAAAAAUGGCUACCAGUCUGAUGCAAAAGGAGUCAAAACUUUUGUGGAAUGGGUCCCCAAAUAUGCAGGUGUCCUACCAGGAGAUGUGUGCAAGCUUACCUGCAGAGCUAAGGGCACUGGCUACUACGUGGUCUUUUCUCCAAAGGUUACGGACGGGACUGAAUGUCGGCCGUACAGCAACUCUGUGUGUGUCCGAGGAAGGUGCGUGAGAACUGGCUGUGAUGGCAUCAUUGGCUCAAAGCUGCAGUAUGACAAGUGUGGGGUAUGCGGCGGGGACAACUCCAGUUGUACAAAGGUUAUUGGAACCUUCAAUAAGAAAAGUAAGGGCUACACAGAUGUUGUGAGGAUCCCCGAAGGAGCAACUCACAUAAAAGUCCGACAGUUCAAAGCCAAAGACCAGACUAGAUUCACUGCCUAUUUAGCGCUGAAGAAGAAAAAUGGUGAGUACCUUAUCAAUGGCAAGUACAUGAUCUCCACUUCAGAGACCAUCAUCGACAUCAAUGGUACAGUCAUGAACUACAGUGGGUGGAGCCACAGAGAUGAUUUUUUGCAUGGGAUGGGCUAUUCAGCCACAAAAGAAAUUCUGAUUGUACAGAUUCUUGCAACAGACCCAACUAAAGCAUUAGAUGUCCGUUACAGCUUCUUUGUUCCCAAGAAGUCCACUCAAAAAGUAAACUCGGUCAUUAGCCAUGGCAGCAACAAAGUGGGACCACACACUCCACAGCUACAGUGGGUGACAGGCCCAUGGCUGUCCUGCUCUAGGACCUGUGACACAGGCUGGCACACAAGGACCGUGCAGUGCCAGGAUGGAAACCGUAAAUUAGCAAAGGGAUGCCUUCUCUCUCAGAGGCCUUCUGCAUUUAAGCAAUGUUUGCUGAAGAAAUGCUAGCCUGUGGUUUGUUCUCAUGCACAAAGAUAACUGGAGAAUCGUCACAGAUAUAAUUGUGGUGAAGACAAGGCCUACCCAAGGCUCAGAAUGUAGUGAUUCAAUGUCAUUGUCACCAGGAGUCGGAUUAUGGGCAGAAUCUGCUCUCUACGACCAAAACAUGUACACUGCUUCUCAUCAUGAUGGUGACCUUGGAAUACAGAAAAUGGGGAAGUUAUGGAACAUCCCUGGGCCGACACAAAAGAGACACACAAUGAUGAAUGUAGAAUUGAGGACAUUAGAAAUGGCAGAGAAGUUUUGUCACCUACCUCUUAUAGAAUGUCUUCAGAGGCAUCAUGAUCGUGUUCAGCCAUGACACACAGCUUACUUUUACUGUUUGUAAAUGCAUCUGCCCUUGGAAUGUCACUUUAUAUACUGGGUCUAUUAAUAUAUAUAUAUAUAUAUAGUACAUAUUUCUAUAAAAAAGUUUUUGACCAAAGUAGGUCUGCAGCUAUUUCAACUACUAGCUUCCAGAAAGAGCUGUGGAAGAUUUACUGGAAAUUAAGAACUUGCUGCUGUUGAAUACCAUUUUGUGUAUUGUCUGACUACAGGAGAUAACAUUUUAGUCAAAGAAAAAACUAUUUUGACAGCAAGCAUCUUCUGAGAAAUUCUAAAGGGGAAAGGAUCUGUGUGUAUCUGGUCAUUUAAGCACAUCCUCAGGUCCACGCAUUCUAACAUUUGACUGUCUGUGUUUUUUUCAGGCAGCCAGCCGAAUUAUUGUAUCAUUGUGGUGUAGAAAUUGUGUCAUCCUGUGUAUAUGUGAUCAAUAUCCAAGGGUCUUAAUUAGUUUCCUUGUAUUGGAAUUUAAAAGAAAAAGUAUGUCACUGUGUUUUCAAUUUAAAGUUUUACAACUGCUUACUUUCUGUGGCUCCCAGCUAAUAUUUAAAAAGUGUAGCAACACGCAACACACAGCAUCAUGUUAUCUGUUACAUCAAGCACCUUCGGGAUCAGUAUACCUCUUCUCAGCCAGCCUUUAAAAUAUGUUUUGUGUUGACUUGUUUGUUUUUAUUGACAGUUGAAAAAGUCUUAUGUUUUAUAUUGACUAGGUCUAACAGUAAUAUUAAAAUUACUUCAUGUUUAGUCUCAUCUAGAAGAAACAAUCAGUAUUAAUUCAAUUAAUUCAAGAAGUCAAACUCAUUAGCAUUAAUAAUAUUGUUUCCACACCAUAGGCAAUAAUCUCACAAUUUAAAAAAAUAUAAGCAUAUACCUACUGUAUUAGACAACUUUCCCAAUUGCAAAGUGUUUGACUAUACCAGUGAGUAUAUAAAUAAUGAAAUGUAAAUGUUUUCAGGAAGUCUCUUACCUGCAGAAGAAGGCAUUGAAAAUAGUUAAUAAUCAUAAACAGAAAAUAUCCUUUAGACUAUACACAGCACAACCCCUCAGAUAACUCAAAUAAUAUGACGUGUUUUAUUCCACUGGGAAUUCUUUUUUCAUUGUGAAAUACAGCAAAGCAAAUUAUUGUAUGUAAAUUUUAUACUGAUCAUACCAAAUGUGCCUACUGUUAAAGAUUUGCAUAUAAAGGUUUUAAGAAAUCCUGGUUGGAAUUCCACUAAAUGUAUGAGAGUUUAUUUUUAUUAUAGGAUAUUUUAAUAUAAAGAAUUAUGUAAUUGGUGACUCUAUAUCACCUUUAUUUCAGUAGGCCAGAAAGAAAAAAGAAAGGAAUCUUAAUGUCUUUGAUUCACGAAAUUAUUUUGUGAAACAGAUCAACACUCUUCCAAACCAAUCAUCAUCCUUUAGAAUCUCACAGCCUGGUCUCUUUAUACAAAGAAAUUCAACCUAUACCAAACUAGUCGCCAAUACUGACUGGAGGUCUCCAAAUACAGACCAGGGAAUGAAUCCAGUCAAACUGGUCAGAAAACAAAAGAAUAAAGAUCACACUGAUUAUUUAAUGGUACAAAGAGAAUGGAUAGAGUUUUUAAAUGUAACUUUUUCCAGUUUCGAAAACAAUAUGAACCAAAUAGUUCAAAUGUGACCAAAUUCAUAUUUUUAUCUUUUGUGGUUGUGUUAAAAGAAAAUAAAUGAUGAGUAAGCACAAUUGUCAGCUACUCUACUUUCCCAUAUGAGCUUCAUAGUGUUUAAUAGGAUUUUUCAGUGGAUUACUUUUCCCUACAAUAAUGAAUUUCACUCUUCACGUUUGGAAUAGUCCCAGAGAAGAUAUAACAAACAAACCACUAUUCUAUGUCUGAAGGAAUUCUCUCUCCAUUUUAAAAUGAGAAUCCAAUAUUGACAUGGAAAAUGUAUAUAAAACUCCUAAGGAAAGAGACACAGCAAACUAAGAUUCAGAAAAGGGGAGUGUCAGGGAGGGGAAGGGCAAUGGGUGAUAGGGGAAACCUAUACUCACUCCACUUUGAUUCUGUGCUGUCUUCUGUCUUUCUAUUGUGUACCUUGAAAUUUCUCAAGACCUUGGAUUCAGGACGAUGAAUAAGGACAAUGCUCAGGUUUCAAUAUUCCUAACCUCACUUGCAAAGAAAUCACUCCAGGAUAAGUUCCAAUGAGUGCAGGAGAGCCUAGAAUGAAAGAAAUCCUUGUCCUUUCAGAACAGAAAAGGUCACAUUGACACUCCUUGUUGCUUGGAAGCGUAAAAGGACUGCUAUAAUGUACUUAACCGAGUCAACAUCCGUUGCCUUCCUGUGGAAACAGUUUUGAACUAAGAAUUGAGGGAUAGAUCCCAAAUGAACAAAAAAAGUUGCAGCACUGAAAAAUAAGUAAUUUAUUGUUUUUGCAACUGCUAUGUGAAUUUCUGUGAUGAAAUUAUUUAUUCUUAUUUAACAAAAUAUGUGCAAAUUCUUCUAUAUUUAAAAUGUUUUGCUAUUUUUUAAUUUAUGCUACUUGUUUGUGUAUAAAGUGCACUUUGUGAGUUUCUGUGAUGUACACCACUGAUGGCUUUUGUAUUGGUUUUUUUACAGAAAGCUUUCUGUGUUAAAAA